GUUGUAAAAAGAAAAGUGUAGGAACACAAAUAUGAGAAACAACCUCAAAUGUGUUAUUUUUCCAUGAUAAAAAUAUUUUCGUCUGCCCUUUUUGAUUAUGUACAAUGGCAUAAAGCUUGGAAAAUUUGUGGUAGUUAUUGUAUCACCAGCAAGGUCAGCGAGGCGUCAUGUAAGAUUUUGCAUUGAAUUUAUCCUGUGACACGUACUUGAAAGAUUCAAACUGGAUAUGGUUUACUGUUCUCCCACUUGUUCUUUCACUGCAUAUAUUCCAGGAUAUUUUGGUCUGAUGUAUGGAUUUUUUUUAACCAGGACACUUGAGACAAGUUGUACAGUUGAAGGCAGGGUGUAUUUCUGCCUUUCGCCCAAUGAAUGCUCGGAUAGGCUCCAGAUAAUUAUGUAUAAAGCUAAGAUGAACAUUUGUAUUGUUCAUUGUAUUGCUAACAAGGUUGUAAGCUCAUUUUCAUUUGGCCAACACGUCUGGGUCAAGCAAAUCAUUAUUGCACAAAUUGUUGCAUAUAAUGAAAUUUAUGAUCAUAAAAAAUUGACCGAUGAGGUUUUCUUAGGGUGUCAAAAGAGCUUGUUUUUCUAUAUUAAGUUUGGACAGUCAGCUCUUUUUGCACUCAGCAUACGCACUUCCGGGUGCUUCACUGCCGGGCCCCUCCCACUUCUAGUCUACUCGCGUGUUUUGCUGUUGCCGCCAUGUUUGGGACUUCAGACGCUUGUGCUCCUCCUACUGCCUUCAAUUCAGUCCAUUUGUGGUCUGACAGCUUUCUUUUUCUUAGGUUUGCAUAUGAACAGCCAUUUUGUGGCAGGUCUAGAUUAUUUCAAAAGAGGAUCUGUCCUCUGGUUUUCAGGUGUUAAGCAAGUGGCAGCUCUACCACGCUCUGUCGUCAGUUGAUUUGACUUCCGUGUUACACAGGGCCACUAUGAGAUAAAAAUACGAGCAUGCGUUAUGAAAUAAUACUACGUGGUGUGUAGCUACAUCGCUUUGGUACUUCAUCGCGAAACUUUUCCAAGGUUGCAAAAUCACACUGGUGCGUGCAGUAAGAAACAAGAAAUCAGAUUAGCUUUUGUCAAGGUGAUCUGACAGCAUUAUGUAGGCUAGCUACCGACAGGGGAUGAAUGACGUCGCAAGCUAGCUGUUCUUUCGUAAGGCCCUACUGAGAAUGUACAACAUUAAAAUGUUCAGGUUACAAAACGUGGCUAGCCGCGUUAUAAGGCUACAUGACGCAAGAUUGCUGCAGCGAAACCAAUGUGGAGUGGGGUAUUGCUUCUCUGGUAGAAAUCGUAUAGCCUUAAACACACAGUUUGCAAUUUCUUUUUGUACCCGGGAUGAGAAUAAAUGGAAAAUACCAAAAGGGUUCGACACUGGGUUAAAAACCUACAACAGUCUCACAAAACGAAAAGAGCCUCUGGUGCUGGCAAAGGAAGGAAUGGCUACAUGGUAUAGCUGUGGACCCACAGUUUAUGAUCAUGCACACCUUGGCCACGCAUGCUCCUAUGUCAGAUUUGACAUCAUUCAAAGGAUUUUAGCCGGGGUUUUUGGGAUAAAUGUAAUCAGUGUUAUGGUGAUUACUGAUAUCGAUGACAAAAUUAUUAAGAGAAGCUUGCAGGAAAACAUUUCACCAACAGUCUUGGCUCAAAUGUAUGAGGAAGAAUUUAAGAAUGACAUGCUAGCCUUGAAGGUGCGUCCACCAUCGGUUUAUAUGCGAGUUACAGAGAACAUACCUCAGAUCAUUGCCUUCAUACAGGGAAUCAUCAGAAAUGGACAUGCAUAUGCCACAAAUAAAGGAAAUGUGUAUUUUGACAUCAGGUCAAUUGGGAACCGAUACGGCAAGCUCAGGAGUACAGGAGAGACAGCUGGUGAGGCAGGGGACAUUGACAAAAAGGACCCCAGGGAUUUUGCGCUAUGGAAGGGUGCGAAACCCGGGGAACCGCUUUGGGAGUCUCCCUGGGGACCAGGCCGACCUGGCUGGCACAUUGAGUGUUCCACCAUUGCCAGUUCUGUGUUCGGAAGUCAGCUGGACAUCCACACUGGAGGCAUCGACCUGGCUUUCCCCCAUCAUGAGAAUGAGAUUGCCCAGUGUGAAGCCUACCACCAAUGUGGGCAAUGGGGGAACUACUUCCUGCAUUCAGGGCAUCUUCACUUAAAAGGAAGCGUUGAGAAAAUGUCAAAAUCCUUGAAAAACUAUAUUACCAUAAAGGAUUUCCUGCAGUUGUACUCUGCCAAUGAAUUUCGAAUGUUCUGCCUGUUGGCCAACUACAGAUCAGCUAUCGACUACAGCGAGGCCAGUAUGAACGAAGCCCGGAGCACUCUGGCCUCCAUCUCGGCCUUCUCCCACGACGCCGAGGCCUACAUGAAGGGUCAGCUGACGUGCCAGGCAGUGGAGGAGGCCGUGCUGUGGGAAAGGUUAGCCGCCACUCAGGCCAGCGUUCAGGCGGCGCUGGCAGACGACUUUGACACGCCGAGGGCCGUCGAUGCGAUCAGGAGCCUCGUUCACCAUGGCAACUGUCAGCUUCAGGCUGUUACCAAGGGCGACUCAUCUCCCAGGAGUCCGGCCGUUUUCGGGGCGAUUCUGUCCUACAUCCGGGGGUUCCUGGAUAACCUGGGCGUCGGAUUGCUGGACACACAGGUGAGAGCUGCGGCGGACGCCUCAGGGACCCUGGAGAACGUGGUGGAGCAGCUGGCCAGGUUCCGCGCCGAGGUGCGCGCAUUCGCGCUCUCCCCGGACGAUCCCGCGGGGGAACCAGCCCGGCGCCCGCGGCCCCGCCCGGACCGCCAGCCCCUGCUGAAGGCCUGCGACGCCCUCCGCAGCGACCUGGCCCCGCUGGGCAUCCACAUCAAGGACAGGGGCACCAACUCCACUUGGGAGAUAACCAGGCAGAAGGCUGGGCCGGAGAAGGACGGAGACGGGGUGUAGAAUCCCAAGGCGAUUCCUCCGAAACCGAGCCAGCCAAUGGCGGGAAGAGAGCCAGGCCACGGUCAAGGGACCUGUCACGUCAAGCAGCGCCAAAACCUUCCUGCUGAGGAACGUGGGAAAAAUGUGUCUUUGUGAAACCAAAAUGAGGAAAACUCCAUGGACAGGCUGUGCUUUUCUGAAGGAGCUUAAUGUAAUUCGGACACUCUUGGUGAAGCAUAAAAAAUGAUACUAACAUAAUCAUAAUUGGAAACUGGACUGCAGUUUUAAAUACAUAUACUAAAUUUGCAGGUCUUUUUUUUCUUCUUUUUGCCGAAAGCAGAGUUGAUUUCAGUGAUCACUGUCCUUGAAAAAAAAAAAAAAAAAAACCUUUUUUCACAUCAUUGCUUGUGCUCCUCACAUUGCCAGCAAACACCUUGUGGGACACCAGUAAUCAAUAUGCAAUUAAAAAGUCAGUCCUUCCUCCCGAGAUGCUGCAUUUGAACGUGUCGACGCGCUCGGGGUUCACCCGCGGCGCGUUCACGGCUCCCCCGCAGGAGAGGCGGCGAUCCGCGUGACGCCGGGCUCCGUCCUUCCGUCGCAGCCUGAACCGCAGCCGCGCGCUGACCGAGAGCUCUGCGGGGCGACCGUGCUAACGAUGGCGGGGAAUCGGAAACGCCGGCUCAUUUCAGGCGUGAGUGCCCCCCCCGCGGGGUCUUCUCCGCCUCAAACCCGAAAUACAGAAACCUCAAUGCAGCUGCAAACUGGGCACUAAUAAAAAUAAAAUGAAACUGAAAA